UUUUCAUUUGUUUUUCUAUAACUCAAAAUACAAAUUGCUAUUUUAUCUGUUACAAGAAAUGACAAAAAGCAUUCCAAAUUUAAAGUAAUAAACUAAGCAAAUUUCUUUUUCUAUAACAAAUAGCGAUUUCACAUUUUAGUAAUUAUAUUCUUAGACAACUAUAUAAACUUGUUUUAAAAUCUUUACUGUAAACAUUGAAAAGUUAAUUCCAGAAGAGUAAAAGCUAACCUAUGUAACGUGCAUAGAAAUUGUUUAAUUUGAAAACCGACUUAGUAAAUUAUGUUGACAUCUUCAACCCUAAGAACUAUAGAACCUUCAAAUCAGCUACUCUGGAUUCGACGCAAGAUCGAGAACUCGCUCUUCUCUUCUGCUAGUCUACUUAUAUUAUAGGCACAGCAUUGCAUAUAUACGUGCGCAUACCUAACUUAUACAACAUGAAAAAGUCAGCAGCAUUACCCACAGGCGGCAAGCAUGAUCAGAAACUGCAACAGAAUACGGAUUCACCGAGUAAGAAACCCUACGGCUUCUGCUGCGAGCCUCGCAAAGACAAACCGUUGAUUGACGAGCGACCUGAGAACGAUCCUGCUCUGGAUUACGUAGCGCUGGAUGCUGGCGGACCCAAUUUGAAAAUUUGCUUCGAAGAGCUUGACCGUGUCCAGUCGACCGUGUCGAGAAAAGCUCCGAGUACCAGGUCUAAGUCACCUAGGAUCAGUCUUCGAGAGGAUAAAUUUGGAAACUCAUGAGGAUUGUUGGUUUUGUUGAUUGUAAGAUAAAUUUUUCAUAUUGUUUUUGUAUCAAAUUUUAUUAAUAAAAAUUAAAUUUGCGCACUGUA